AUGAUACCAUUAUUAUUGUCUCUCGGCACGCAUGUCGUGGCCAAUGCUUUGGCCGUUGGCAAGUCGGGCUGUCCGCUACACUUGACUGUCGGCGGCGCCGUUUCUGGUCCCGUGGGCCAAAUCGCCAGCGGUCAGGCCAGAGCAGGCACGGGCAUCGAGGCGGCAACGUUUGAACUUCGUGGGAGCCAUCUGGUUGAUUCCCAUGGCCGGGGCUGUUGGUGGACCCCUCCCACAGGUAUUCUGCAGUGCGACGACGGACAGAAGCCGGACAACGGAUUCACGAUUGGCUGCGACGGCACCGUCCACUACAACAACCAAACAGCCUUCCACGAAUGCGGGACAGCGGACCGGGAUCAGCACAACAUCUACCUCGAACCCAAGGGCGUCAACUGUGCGCCAGCGGCGCUCAAGGCAGACUCGUGCGCCCAAGCCAACUGUUCCUCUUCGCCGCCAAUGACGAAGCCGGCGCCGACGCCCCCAAAGACUUGCCCUGCAGACCUCGGCGGGCCCUUUGAGUUCCCCCACCUCAUCGUGCCCGUGGACAGGGCUCAGCCCGACAGGGUUGCCGGCACGUCCUACUUUGGCGAGGCGUCGUCGACCGUUUCCUCCAUCUUCAACUUCGACAUCCCCUCUGGCGACCGUGGCAAGAGCUGCAGCCUUGUCUUCUUGUUUCCCCAGCAGAGUCAUCUCGACACAUCCUCGUCCACUGUCGCCGGCACCGGCCAGUUACAGUUCACAGCGCUCCGGUCUGCCGCCUCGAAGAAUAGCACGUACAACACCAAGCCGGCCGAGGACCGGUCCUUGCUCAACGUGACCGCGGUCCCGGGAAACAACUACACCGUCGACUCGUUUGACUGCCCCGCGGGCCAGCAAGUCACCAUUGAGAUGUCGGCUGCCGAGCACACCAGUCUCAGGUACUUCCAGGACUCUAAUUCAUCGCCCAUCGGGCUGUACAUUACCAAGUGCUAG